ACCCCAAAUUGACGUUUUACAUCUUUCCUCGCGCACUUGCGCUUUCUUGUAAAAACGAUUUUAUUGCGUUUUAGGAAGGCGUAUCAAAAUGACUUCCGUUGUGAGGGCCGGGCACUUGGCUCCGUAUUUCAAAUCCACCUCCCAAGUGGUUUCAAACGGUCUGAGACCACUGGUCGCCGUUCCAGUGUCCAACGAAAAGAUAGUGGCACAACCUCUGCCCAAAGCCUCGACUGUGCAAUAUUUGCAUGGAUCCCUGCCUAUCCAGGGCCUGAAGGUCAAAGCUAGCGCGAAAGUGCCAACUCAAGUACGAUUUGCGCAUACCGAUAUUGCGUACCCCGAUUUUUCCGCUUACCGCCGUAAGGAGACCCAGGAUCCCACGGCGCAGGCCAAGGAGAGUGCUGAUGGACGCCAAUCAUUCACAUACCUUAUGGCUGGAGGUUAGUAUACUUCUAUUCCUGUUUCAUAACAAUGUACAAAGUCUGUAGUAACGUAGUUCGUGUCCUCAAUGGAUGCUGCUGACGUCUUGGCUUUGGCCAAGAUCAAGAUCAAGCUCUCUGAGAUCCCCGAGGGCAAGUCCGUCACUUUCAAGGAAUGGGGCAAGUCGCUGUUCAUCCGCCACAGGACACCAGAAGAGAUCGCCACCGAGAAGGCCGUCCCGGUGGAGACCCUCCGCGACCCGCAACACGACGACCAACGCACCCAGGACCCCGGCUGGCUCGUCGUCAUCGGCGUCUGCACGCAUCUCGGCUGCGUGCCCGUCGCUAACGCCGGCGACUUCGGCGGGUACUACUGCCCCUGCCACGGCUCACAUUAUGACGCGUCCGGACGCAUCCGGAAGGGCCCCGCGCCUUUGAACCUUGAAGUCCCUCCUCACCAGUUCGUUGACGAUGGCAUCCUCAUUGUAGGCUAAGCGUAUUUAUUAGUCGCCUCGCUGCGAGCUUUAAAUACAUAUUCAAAAUGUGCUUUGUUCAAAGUGAUCAGUAUUUUUGAUAGUGUAUUUAAGGGGCGUGGCGGGCGGCUGUAGCAAAUUUUAUUUAAUAAGGAUAAUUUAUCCUAAUGUUACAACAAUAGAAAUCAAUAAAUGUGAUGCGAUCAACA